GCGGUGGCCCUGGGGAUGGGGAAGGAGCAGGAGCUGCUGGAGGCGGCCCGCACCGGGCACCUCCCGGCCGUGGAGAAGCUGCUGUCCGGGAAGCGGCUCUCCUCAGGCUUCGGGGGCGGCGGCGGCGGCGGCGGCUCCUCCGGGAGCAGCGGCGGCGGCGGCGGCGGCCUGGGAUCCUCGAGCCAUCCCCUUUCCAGUCUGCUCAGCAUCUGGAGAGGGCCAAACGUGAACUGUGUUGACAGCACUGGGUAUACACCUCUACACCAUGCUGCUUUGAAUGGCCAUAAGGAUGUGGUUGAGGUUCUUCUGAGGAACGAUGCGUUGACCAAUGUGGCUGAUUCCAAAGGCUGUUACCCUCUGCACUUGGCAGCCUGGAAAGGAGAUGCCCAGAUAGUGCGGUUGCUCAUCCAUCAAGGGCCCUCACACACCAGAGUCAACGAACAGAAUGCUCUUGAGAUCAAAGAAUUCAAAAAGUACGGCCCCUUUGACCCUUAUAUCAAUGCCAAGAACAACGACAACGAGACAGCCCUGCACUGCGCCGCGCAGUACGGCCACACGGAGGUGGUGAAGGUCCUCUUGGAGGAGCUGACGGACCCCACCAUGCGCAAUAACAAAUUCGAGACCCCUCUGGACCUGGCUGCACUAUACGGGAGACUGGAGGUGGUGAAGAUGCUCCUCAAUGCGCACCCCAACCUCCUGAGCUGCAACACUAAGAAGCACACCCCCCUGCACUUGGCAGCGCGGAACGGCCACAAAGCUGUGGUGCAGGUCCUGCUGGACGCCGGCAUGGACAGCAACUACCAGCCACGCCGAACCUGGGUCACUGUUCUGAUGACAUGCUGCUCUGCGCUCUCGUUUGCCUUCCAGACGGAGAAGGGCAGUGCUUUGCAUGAGGCUGCUCUGUUUGGCAAGACUGAUGUGGUGCAAAUCCUGCUGGCUGCAGGAAUUGAUGUCAACAUAAAAGAUAACCGUGGCCUGACUGCCCUAGACACUGUCCGGGAACUGCCUUCUCAAAAGAGCCAGCAGAUAGCAGCGCUUAUCGAAGAUCACAUGACUGGAAAAAGAAGUGCAAAAGAGGCCGAUAAAACCCCCACUUCCCAGGGACCUCUCAUCUCCAAUAUGGACUCCAUAUCCCAGAAGUCUCAGGGUGACGUGGAGAAAGCAGUGACUGAACUGAUCAUUGAUUUUGACACCAACGCUGAAGAGGAAGGUCCCUACGAGGCGCUGUAUAAUGCUGUCUCCUGUCAUUCGUUGGACAGCAUGGCCAGUGGGCGAUCAUCUGACCGAGACUCCAUGAACAAGGAGGCCGAGGCAGCAGGAGUGAAGGCUGCUGGAGUGAGGCCUAGGGAACGUCCACCGCCUCCAGCAAAGCCACCACCCGAUGAAGAGGAGGAAGACCGCAUAGAUAAGAAGUAUUUUCCCUUGACAGCUUCUGAGGUCUUGGCCAUGAGACCCUGGAUUCAGGGAAGUGCAGCCAGGGAAGAGGAUGAGCAUCCUUAUGAGCUGUUGUUAACAGCAGAAACAAAGAAGCUGGGAUCCAUGGACGGGGAUGGAAAACCAAAAGACCACAGGCGGGGCAGCAGCAGCCGGAGCCAGGACUCUGCGGAGGGGCAGGACGGGCAGGUCCCAGAGCAGUUCUCCGGUCUCCUCCACGGCUCCUCCCCGGUGUGUGAGGUGGGGCAGGACCCUUUCCAGCUGCUCUCUGCCACUGGCCAGAACCUUCCAGAAGGGUCCUCUGCACAGGGCGCCUGUCACGAGGCCAGCAUGCAGCUGGAGGAGACGGCUGUGCGUGCUCCUGGAGCCUCUCCGCCCAGUGUCCUGGACCAGAGUAAGAGAGCGGGUUACCCGGCUGGCCUGCCCACCACCAACAGCCAAUCGCACCCCGAAACUUUGACUCACACAGCAUCUCAACACCCUGGUGGUGCCGAGGAAGAAAGAGACCGGAGUGGGGCUAGGAGCCGAGCCCCUCCCACCAGCAAACCCAAAGCUGAACUCAAACUCAGCCGCAGCUUGUCCAAGUCUGACUCUGAUCUCCUGACCUGCUCACCCACGGAGGACACUACAAUGGGGAGCCGGAGCGAGUCCUUGUCCAACUGCAGCAUCGGGAAGAAGAGGCUGGAGAAGUCGCCCUCCUUUGCCUCAGAGUGGGAUGAGAUUGAGAAAAUCAUGAGCUCUAUUGGCGAAGGGAUUGACUUUUCUCAGGAACAGCAGAAGAUCUCAGGUUCGCGGACGCUGGAGCAGAGCGUCGGGGAGUGGCUGGAGGCGGUGGGGCUGCAGCAGUAUGAGAGCAAGUUGCUUCUGAAUGGCUUUGACGAUGUCCGCUUCCUGGGGUCUAACGUGAUGGAAGAGCAAGACCUGCGGGAGAUCGGCAUCAGUGACCCACAGCACCGGCGGAAGCUGCUGCAGGCGGCGCGGUCCCUGCCCAAGGUGAAAGCUCUGGGCUAUGACGGCAACAGCCCCCCAUCAGUGCCCUCCUGGCUGGACUCCCUGGGGCUGCAGGACUACGUGCAUUCCUUCCUGUCCAGUGGCUACAGCUCUAUUGACACUGUGAAGAACCUCUGGGAACUGGAGCUUGUCAACGUCCUGAAGGUCCAUCUCCUCGGCCAUCGCAAGCGCAUCAUUGCCUCCCUCGCAGACAGGCCCUACGAGGAGCCGCCUCAGAAGCCCCCACGGUUUUCCCAGCUGAGAUGCCAAGACUUGCUCUCCCAGACAUCGUCCCCGCUGAGCCAGAACGACUCCUGCACCAGCCGCUCCGCUGACCUGCUGCUGCCUCCCGGGGACACGGGCAGGAGGCGGCACGACAGUCUUCAUGACCCUGUGGCACCUUCUCGAGCGGAGCGCUUCAGAAUCCAGGAAGAGCAGCGCGAAGCCAAACUGACCCUUCGGCCCCCCAGCCUGGCUGCUCCCUACGCCCCAGUGCAGAGUUGGCAACACCAGCCAGAGAAACUCAUCUUCGAGUCCUGCGGUUAUGAAGCCAACUAUCUGGGCUCCAUGUUGAUCAAAGAUCUUCGAGGGACAGAAUCCACACAGGACGCCUGUGCCAAGAUGCGGAAAUCCACCGAGCACAUGAAGAAGAUCCCCACUAUCAUCCUGUCCAUCACAUACAAAGGUGUCAAGUUCAUCGAUGCCUCCAACAAGAACGUCAUUGCGGAGCACGAGAUCCGGAACAUUUCCUGUGCGGCCCAGGACCCGGAGGACCUCUGUACCUUUGCCUACAUCACCAAGGACCUGCAGACCAGCCACCACUACUGCCAUGUGUUCAGCACGGUGGAUGUGAAUCUGACCUACGAGAUCAUCCUGACGCUGGGGCAGGCGUUCGAGGUGGCCUAUCAGCUGGCCCUGCAGGCCCAAAAGUCCCGGCCCCUGGGGGCCUCCGCCGCCGAGAUGAUCGAAACGAAAUCUUCCAAACCGGUGCCUAAGCCUCGGGUCGGCACGAGGAAGUCAGCAGUGCUGCCGCCCCCCGAUAGUCGCUGUUGUCACUGUCACACCUGCACCACCCAUCGUCCUUCUUACCUACCGCUGCCGUCUGUUAGUCCUGGAGUCAAGCUGGACCCGCCCGAUACGGACCCGGAUGCCCAGUCCCACGCCAGCGUCUCCUGGGUGGUGGACCCUAAACCAGACUCUAAGCGGAGCCUCAGCACCAACUGAGCCACUGAGGAACCGACUGUGCUGCAGAAACACAGACGUGCGGAGCACAGGCUCCCACCUCCGCGGCCCCCACCACCGCCGCCGCCGCCACUGUGUCACCUGCAGCCUCGAAGACCCAGGCCUGGCCUCUGCCGGGAGCAGCUCCGUGGGGCUGCUCGGCCUGGACCUGCCGCCACCCGGUCUUACAGAGGGAGCCGCACUCCAGGCCUCGAGCAGAUGAGACUGGAGCUCCAGAGAGCCAAGAAGUGACUUGUCCAGAAGACAUUUUUUAAUAGAAAAAAAAUUUUUUUCUAGAAAACGAAUUUUUAAGACUCGGCUCAAACCUCUAGGUUAAACUGCCAAUCUUUAGACAGACGGCCACGGGAUCAGAAGACGGGGGUGCCCCAGAGCGGCUCCGAGGCCGGCUGGCGCCGCCUUCUGCCCCUGGGAUGGGCUGUUGGCGCCGUCCGCGAGGCUGUGGGGGGGGGCAGUGCCCUGGGGGUGAACGGAAAGCAGGCCCAGGUGGGUUUGUUCGAGUCUGCCUUUCAAACCCAGCCAAGUCAGUUGCUGUUCCUUAUGAACCGCACGACUUCUUGUCCCCGUCCGGAGCCGGACGCUGCCUCUGCAGUAAGAACAGGCCCCAGACGCACCUGGCAGAAGCAGAGACUCCCGGUCCGUGUCUGGGCUUCCAAAUGUGAAGGUCUGGGGGCCAGACGGAGCUGAGCAAGCCGUGCCCGGGGCCAUGAAGUCGGGGCCGCUCCUCGGCGCCAGAGCCCAAGGUGGCCAGGGCACCGGGCCCCGCACUCUCUGGCGACCUCAGACUGCCUGGGUUCAGUCAGAAAGGAGAAAAAGCAGCUUUGUUUCGGGCAUUAAUGGGUAGGUCGGCUAAGACGGCUACCUGCCAAUUUGUGAUUUGUCUAAUCAGGUCUGUGUGACUAGGACUCGCUUUGAUUCUCUGAAUUAUUGGUUUGACUGUUGUAUUUUCAGCUGCUGGGUUCAUCCCUGGCUCCAGGUGUAGAGAAGGCUAAAGAAGGGGACAGUUGAUUCGGUUCUCCCCCAGUGUGGCCUUCAGGGCAGACUGGGGUCCUGGCGCACCACUACCACUUAAGGCCUCCUGCUGGCUUGCUUCGCUUGUUGACUUGGACUCUUGCUCUGUGCUCCUGAGGGUGGUAGAAGCAGACGGGGUAAUUCCUGUGAGGCCGAGAGGCAGAGCCGGCUGCGCUGCUGGCCCAGUACCUUCUAGAGUAGGGAGCAGAGAGGAGCCGUUCCUCCCGGGGGUAAUUCAGCAGACCUCAUGCUUUGCUGGCACAGGGCGGGCUACCCCCAGGACCCACGUGCCAGGCUUUGGCGGGACUUCUUUCCCAGCAAAGGCUGUGAAUCGGAAUUCCCUGUGGGUUCCGUGCACAGAGAGUGCUCUCGGACACACUCCCCACCCCAGUGGUGGCCAGAAACGGAAAGCCCGGCCCCGUCCUCCUGCUGCCUUGAACCUGGGCCCCGGGGGCGGCACCUCCUCUGGAGCAGGGGCAGGGAACCCUCCACUUUCCGGUACUAAACAAGGACCUCAACGCUUGAAGUCUGGCUUCGCUUCCUGCUUCUCCCAAGGCCUGGGAGCCUCCCGUCAGCUCCCGCCACGCAUGUUCUGUUCCCCCCCCCCCAACCACUACCACCCCGCUGGCCCGCGAGAAUUGACCAGGGAACCGGAGGGGUGGGCGCCGCUCCCUCCCCUGCGGGGGGCCUGGCCUCAGCUAAGUGCGCCUCUCCUCUCCGGAGGCGGCAGGUCCAAAAAGCAAACUGUAGACACUACGAUGAGCUGUUCGAGCCGUCUUUUUGUUUUUAAAUCACACGUAGGUGUUUCCUCCCCUUGAAGCUGCUAUAUCUUUAUUUAUUCAGGGUGUUGUCAUAUUGGAAAGCCUUAGCUAAUCCUCUCUGGCUCUGGGUUUGCUUUUGAGAUUGGUUUAUUUCUGAAUAGUUGAGAAGGGUAGGGACUGGAUCUUUCUUUUGUUUUUACUUCUCCUCCGGGGCAGGUACUCUCUCUCCCCUCGAAAGGGGCGGUGUAACUUCAAGGACAGGCUUUGAGCGGAAAAGCCCCCGCUUCGCUUCUGCACCGGCGUUCGGCGGCGGGGUCUGAGCUGUGCGGGGGCCCCCCCGGGCAGGACUUGCGAGGGAGUCAGUACCUUCCCCGGCCCCAGCCCCCAGCUUCUCUGCUCACCGCUCUGAGCCAUAGGACCCUUCUUGCCGGGCUCCGCGCCUGCCAGGCUCCACACGCCUCCUGGGUCUCUAGCCUCAGAGUCUGGCGGGCGUUCCUCGAGAAGCCUCUGGCCGAGCAGGCAGCCAUGGUGGUGGCCGCCGCUCCCACAGUCAGACGCUUGUCUGUCCUCGGCCCGCCUGCGAGAGGCCCAGGCCUGCAGCGUGACCGUCACAAGCAGCUCGCAAAAGUAUUGUUGCUAACGGGGUGGCAACGGGACUGAAUUGUAAUAAAAAUGUUAUUUAAUCUUUGUCUCUGUAUUUUGAUACUUGAAUGAAUUCCCCUUUUAUUUUACUGUACAUAUGAUUGUUAAUCUGUCCGAUUUUGUCCGAAUUACAAACAUCUUGUGGUACCAAACAUAACGAAUCUGCGCAACAGUGUAGACUGACCUCACGACACGAGAGAGAGUGUAAAUAUUCCUGGGCUUCCAGCUUCGGUUUGGUUAUUUUCAUAACUGUACAACCUAGAACAGACGGAAUUAAUAAAUGAGAAGCAACAUGAAACCA